AUGGCACCACACAGGUCACGGUCUGCAUCGACCGCCUCUGAGGGCGAAAUCAUCGAAUCAGGUUCGGAGACGAAGGCAACUACGUCGCAAUUUCCUCUUAAUGGCAGCAGCGUUGACCGUCCCACCAGAGUUAGAAAUUCAUCCGCAUCGGUGACCAAGUCGCCCCGUCGGCAGAGAUCGAGGACCAGGACCCAAUCGAGGUCGCGUUCUCCAUACCGAGAUUACAGAGGCUAUAAGCGUCGGCGGGACGACGACUACGACUAUGACUAUAGCUACGAUGAUAGCAGACGCUCUGGACGCACACCACCGCGACGCGCGGACUAUCGACGCGAUGAUGAUCGGGGAUAUUCGCAAAGGCAGCCCAGGAACUACUACGACUACGACCGGGAAGAAAACCAGAUUGCGGAUCUUCGGUACGGCGAUGAUUAUGAUCAACGAAGGGAAAAGCGGCCACGGACGCGAAGCCGGUCGCCAUACCGCGAAGUUCGGAAACGCAAGCAGUACUCAGGUGAUGAGUGGGAUUCGCAAAGAUAUCAGAGAGAGGACAGUGUGGCGUCGCAGAAAAAUAGAAGGUCUUAUACUACUGAACAGUCAGUGAGCGAACGGGGAAAACCCCCAGCUGUCGCUCGACAUUCUAGAAAAGAUGCUGAAACUCAGAAAAAUCAGGUUCAGGCAGCUUCUACGGCCGCUACCUCCAAUGGCGAUGAUCGCGUGAAUGAUCCUGCAGAGACUGUUGAAGAACAGCCGGCGGAACCUGUUGAUGAGGCUGCCCAGCUUGAGGAACGUCGCAGGCGACGCGAAGCUAUCAGGGCUAAAUAUAGAGACCAGGCGGCACCAUUGCGCAUCCAAGCACUACAUCUUAGUGGUGAUAGGGACUCAACCCCUCCAACAAGCGAGGCAGUAACACCAAGUAACGAGACGCCAGACUCGGCCGUGACCCCCAAUGAGAGCAAUAUAGAUCCGUUUCCGGAGCUUAAAAUUAACAAAGACUCGGAUCUAGUUCAUGGUGGUGCCGUAGAUGGCACUGACAAAGAUGAACCUUCAGCCGCAGAUUAUGACCCUACUAUUGACAUGAAGGCUGAGCGAGAAAAGCACGGCCAGCAGACUGGGAGCAACGAAGUCUCCGCAGCAAGCUACGAUGAGACGCAAACCACCAAACAAGAUGUACUUCUCCCAGAUGCGCCACCACCACCAGCAGAAACGAAGACGAAGCAUCCUUAUGAUAUGUUUGCAGACGACGAUGAUGACAUGUUCGCCGAAGACAACGAGGAAACAGCUCAACCUACCCAUGCGUCUGCCGCGUCCGCUGUACCCCAACCGCGGGAGCUUGACGUUAGCAUGAUGGAUAACUGGGAUGACCCUGAAGGAUACUAUAACCUUCGGAUUGGUGAGUUGAUCAAUGGACGGUACCAUGUGCAGCAAACCUUGGGCAAGGGGAUGUUCUCAUCUGUAGUGCGAGCGAUUGACUCGGAUACUGGCAAUCUCGUGGCGAUCAAGAUCAUCAGACAGAAUGACACGAUGAGGAAGGCUGGGUUGAAGGAGAUUGACAUCUUGGAGCAGCUCCAAGAAGCGGACCCCGACGAUAAGAAACACAUGAUUAAGUUCCUACGGAGCUUCGAACACAAGGGCCAUUUGUGCAUGGUCUUUGAGAACCUCAGCAUGAACUUGCGAGAGGUGCUCAAGAAAUUUGGCCGCGACGUAGGGCUUAACCUGCGCGCGAUUCGAGCAUACGCCCAGCAAAUUUUCCUUGGGCUCAGCUUAAUGCGCAAGUGCAAUAUCCUCCAUGCUGAUCUGAAGCCGGACAAUCUCCUGGUCAACGAGCAGCGCAACGUUCUCAAAGUCUGCGACUUGGGUUCAGCAUCACCAGCUUCGGAUAAUGAAAUCACACCAUACCUUGUCAGCCGAUUCUACCGUGCGCCGGAAAUCAUCCUAGGGAUACCCUACGAUUACGCUAUCGAUAUGUGGUCCAUCGGAUGCACAUUAUUUGAGCUGUAUACGGGCAAAAUCCUGUUCACAGGCCGCAACAACAACCAAAUGCUCAAGUCAAUCAUGGAAUGCCGUGGCAAAUACCCUCCCAAGCUCCUCCGACGAGGCUCCCUAGCCCACCUCCACUUUGACGAAAUGUCUAACUUUCAUAGCACUGAAGAGGACAAGAUCACCGGACGGCUCGUCACCCGUGUGAUGGACUUCAAGAAGCCCACCCGCGAUCUGAAGACCAGGCUAAUGGGAAAGGGGACGCGAGGGAUGAGCGAUAGUGAAGCAAAGGAGCUGGCGCUUUUUGUUGACCUAUUGGAGCGCUGCCUAAGCCUGAACCCGGAAAAGCGAUGCACCCCAGCUGAGGCGCUGAAGCAUCCAUUCAUUUCGAGGCCGAAGAUCUGA